GUGGACCGGCUCCAACUAUCGGUGGCCAAUGCAGCGGUCUUCAGCUGGUAAAAGAGCCGCAAUUCGGUGAAACUGAAAUUAUUCGCCUCGAUUGAUUCAGGAAAAGGAUUCUCUUGGCCAGCGGCAGAAAGCGAUUUGAGCCGCGUGCGAAAAGACUAGCAGUGGGCUGUGAAAUGGUGGCUGCUGCUGUAGAACCUGACCCCCAACGCCAAUCAUGGGGGGUUCAUAACCUUCUUUGAGCCUCAAUGCGCUUCUCUUUGCUUUUCAACCCUGAUUUAAUAGCAAGCACUAUGGCCAUCACCAUGGCUGUGCUUUUUAAGCCAUCUGCUUUCCGGUCUCGUGCUUAUUUACUACGUUUUGCUCCCUUUGCCCAUUACCCAUCAUCCCUCGUAUAGCGUGGCAUACACUAGGAUGACCGAUCUCACAAGGAGUCUGGACUCCAUUCCUUAUGAUGUUUUUUAUCAAAUCGCUUCCAAACUGGAUUGCCAUGAUUUUAUCAGCCUCAGCCGCGUCAACCGCUCUCUGAAUCAUGCUAUGAGCAGUGAGCCUAUCGCCCGAAAGACCAUCGAGAACAACCUCCUCCAUACAAAAGAAGGACAAGAUGCAAGGCGGUCAAAAUCCGGCUACCGCAAAGCCGUUGGUCGCCUGUUCGAUAUUAAAGAGUCCUUCGCCACUGCUCAGCCAUACUCAGCCUCCGUCAUCGCCUACGGUACCACUUUCCUCUACGACUCUGGUUCGCUGUGCUACGUCCACGAUGACGAUAUCCGCGUCCUGAACGUACAUGGUGCAGCCCAAAAAGAGCAAGUGAUGAACAUCUCCAAUGUUGUCGCCCGUCUGUUGCCCCAUCACGCACCAGGCACCAGCCCCAUCCGGCUGUCCUUGCUGCACUACAGCGACGGUAUUCUGGCGUUUCUGGUCGAGCUGGCUGAGGGACCGGAGGCGUGGCUUUUUGCCAUCGAUUUGCGACAGCGACCGGCGAAUGCGCGUAAUGGUCGCUUGCGGCUGCGGACUCAGCUGUCAUCUACGCGACGAUUGUUUGUUCGUCAUAAUGGCUCUUAUCUCUACUACGGUACUCACUCGUCCUUAGGGUACGAUGGAUAUCCGUUAUGGGCGAUUCACUGCGUGAAUCUGAAGACGGGUCGUCAUAUGUCGGAGAAGCCUGUGGAGUUGGCGCACUUUGCGGGCAAUGAGAUUGGUCAGACAGUGUGUUUUGGCUUGCACCAGAAUCAUUUGUAUGCCGUCUCGACACAGGUGGAUUGCGAGGAAGAAGAGGUUGACUGGACGUCGUUCUAUAUUUGGGUCUGUCUUGCUCCGGAACCGAAUACGCGACGACAGGUUACUCCGAAUCGCACCUGGCGUCGUCAGCACCGCGAGGGUCCUAUCAACGAUACAUGGACAGACCUCUCGCUGCGUCAUGAUGAGGCUACUAAACGUCUCAUGAUCCUUGAGUGUCGUCGCGAGUGGCGCAACGGGGGCAGCGAGAACUGCCGCACCUACUACAUGCAAGCCCUCCCGUCGCCAAACGAAAUCAACACCGGAAAGCAACACACUGGCCCGACAGACGCACGAGUCCCUCAUCACGAACCUCUCAUCAAAGUUCAUGACCCAUCAAGCAAACCAAACCCCGAACCACCCAAGAAACGCCUCCGUCGACACUACCACCCAGAAUACCAACUACGAGACACCGGCACGGAUGAUUCCACCCAACGACGAGACUUCAUUCUCGCAAAGACAAAAUACCACGCCUACAACCUCUCCGCCUCCUCCUUCAUUGACCUUGUCAACGACCCCUCCCCAAACCCCACAAACGGCAGUACAAGCCUAAUCCCUCAUGAUCGCCUUCGUUUACGAACAGUCUCCCGAAAACGCAAAUGCCCCAUCGACGAAUCCGGCGAAGAAGGACCCUGCGGCCUCCUCUAUCGCCCGGACCUCAACAACACAACCAACCAACCAAUAGACCACAGCGAAGAACGGUUCGUCUCGCGCGGCGUCCACAUAUGGCCUCCAGACAACGCACCCACAGAACUAAACAACCUCCUCUGCCCCAGUGAACGAUCAGGUCGCGUCCAAGCCAUGGCUGACGAACGAUCAAUCGUGUACUCAGUUAACCACGACGGUCUGACAGAUGGUAAACAAGCAUUUAUCCUGAUCAACUUCGAUCCAUCGAUCAAAUUCCCCGGCCUCACAAAGCUGUACCAGUACAACGACCACCUGGACGAGAUGUUUUCCUCAGCUCAAGAUCCAGCUGGUGUGGCUGUUGGCGUUGAGCAACCGCAGUUCGGGGGUCCGUCGAGAGAACGGCAUAGUAUGUCUGUUGUUCGGACUACGGGGACGAAUGUGGGGUUGCCGUCUGUGAGGGAGGAGGCGGCGAUAUAUUUGAGGAUCAAUCGGGGGUUCUGGUUGAGAUAGGUUAGGCUGAUAGUCAAUAAUAAUAUUCAUUAUUUAUACCUUGGUGAUUCAAGUAGUUAUACUGUAAUAAAACCAAUAAUGAAUAUCUACUAGGUAAAUUAAUUUCAUCUUGUAUGCAAC